AUCAAGAUCCGGGAGGACUGCCUCCCCUUUCCAUUGUAGGGAUCAGGAUCCAGGACUGUGCCCCACGUUAUAGGAAUCAAGAUCCAGGAGGACUGUGCCCCCUGUUGUAGGGAUCAAGAUCCAGGAGGACUGCCUCCCCUUUCCAUUGUAGGGAUCAGGAUCCUGGAGGACUGUGCCCCCCCUUUCCAUGGUAGGCAUCGGGCUCCAGGAGGACUGCUGACCUGUGCAAUGCUGAGCUCCUGCUGUGUUAUUGAUCCCACCUGGGAGGUCCAUUCUUCCGAGUAAACAAAGCCCCCGCUGUGCCCCACCAGCCCCAGGUGAAUGGAGGAGAGCCGCCCGCUGUAAAUGGUCUGAUUGUGUCCUUCCCAUCCAUCGCCCCUUUUCCUCCUGUAAAUGGCUUCAUUCCCGGAGUCCGAUUUCCAGCUGUGCCCGCUGUGUAAGGAGAUGUGCGUGUCCUCUGCCCCCAUCUCUUCCUCCAGCUCAUCCUCAUCUUCCUCCCAAACCUCCAGCAGCAGCACCGGAGGGAGCGGGAACCUAGGCGCGCCCCCCCGAAGAUUGCACGUAUUGCCGUGUCUUCACGCCUUCUGCCGCCAGUGCUUGGAGGGCCACCGGAGCCCCGGCGACUCCAUGCAGCUGCAUUGCCCCGUUUGCGACCACAAGGUGCUCAUGUCGGAGGCGGGCAUGGACGCCUUGCCUUCCUCGACCUUCCUUCAUCUCAGCAACCUGCUGGACGCGGUGGUGGGGGCCUCGGAGGAGCCGCAGAGCAACGGAAGCAGGGGCAGCGGAAGCGGCCCCCGGCGUCAACAGCGGCCACGCUCGGCCUCGUGUUCCUCAUCCAGCCUCCUGCGCCGAGCGCCACCCCACCAGAUGGAACCGCGCUGCUCCUCCUGCGACGAGGGGAACGGGGCGAGCUCACACUGCCUUGACUGCCAGGAGAACCUGUGCGACAACUGCCUACGGGCCCACCAAAGGGUGCGACUCACCAAGGACCACUUCAUCGAGCGCUUCACUGGACCAGGAAGCAGAGGACAUGGGUGCAUCAGCGGCACAGCGUCCCCCUGCAACUCUGCGGCGUCCAGCGCCGCCACUACCUCAUCCUCCUCAUCGCCCUUCCAGGGAAAUGCCUUCCCCAUUCUGCCCAUGUACCCCGAGAGAUUGGCCUACUGUCAGCAGCACGAUGAGGAGAUUUGCAAAUCUGGAGAGCGCAAGACAGUGUAUACCCUGGCGGAUCUGGUGAGGAUUAAGAAUUGGGUUCUACAUUUCUACUGUGAUUCGUGCUCUAUCCCUAUAUGUCGUGAGUGCACUAUGGGACGUCAUGCUGGGCACAGUUUUGUCUACCUCCAAGAUGCUCUUCAGGAUUCAAGGGCACUUACUAUUCAGCUUCUGGCAGAUGCUCAACAGGGGCGUCAAGCAAUCCAGCUGAGUCUUGAGCAGGCCCAAGCACUGGCAGAGCAAGUUGAGAUGAAAGCCAAAGUAGCGCAAUCUGAGAUCAAAGCAGGCACUUCCAGGCAUAAGAAGGCACUCGAGGAGAGGGAAUGCGAGCUGCUAUGGAAGGUGGAAAAGAUUCGUCAAGUUAAAGCAAAGUCUCUCUACCAUCAGGUUGAUAAACUUCAUCAGGCGCUAAACAAACUAGACAGCACAAUCAAUGCAGUACAGCAGGUUUUGGAAGAAGGCUGCACAAUGGAUAUCCUUAUUGCCCGCGAUCGUGUAUUGGCUCAAGUGCAAGAUCUAAAAAAUGCUAGAGGUCUGUUACAACUUCAAGAAGAUGAUAGGAUUAUGUUCACUCCACCUGACCAGGCUUUGUACCUUGCCAUCAAAUCAAUGGGCUUAGUCAGUAGUGGUGCUUUUGCAGCACUAACAAAAGCCACAGGAGAAGGCCUGAAACGAGCACUUCAGAGCAAAGUUGCAUCCUUCACUGUUAUUGGCUAUGACCAUGAUGGUGAAGCACGGUUAUCAGGUGGUGACCUUAUAACUGUGCUGGUUAUGGGCCCUGAUGGGAAUCUGUUUGCAGCUGAUGUCACUGAUCAGAUGAAUGGUACAUAUUUGGUUAGUUAUAGGCCGCAACUUGAAGGAGAACACCUUAUCUCUGUAAUGGUUUGCAAUCAGCACAUUGAAAACAGCCCGUUUAAAGUCAAUGUGAAGUCAGGUCGUUGCUACUUGGGGAUUGGGCUUCCCUCCCUUUCAUUUGGGGGAGAGGGUGAUCAUGAUGGAAAGCUUUGCCGUCCCUGGGGUGUCUGUGUGGAUAGGGAAGGCUAUAUUAUUGUCGCUGAUAGAAGUAACAACCGCAUUCAAAUCUUCAAGCCCUGCGGUACUUUUCAUCACAAGUUUGGCAGUUUAGGAUCAAGACCUGGUCAAUUUGACCGGCCUGCUGGCGUUGGCUGUGACAGUUCUCGUAGGAUUGUGGUAGCAGAUAAGGACAACCAUCGUGUUCAAAUAUUUACAUUCGAGGGCCAGUUCUUACUUAAAUUUGGUGAAAAAGGGACCAAGAACGGUCAGUUUAAUUACCCUUGGGAUGCUGCUGUCAAUUCAGAGGGGAAGAUCCUUGUCUCUGACACCCGAAAUCACCGUGUCCAAUUAUUUGGUCCAGAUGGGACAUUCCUGAACAAGUAUGGGUUUGAAGGUGCUCUCUGGAAGCACUUUGACUCUCCCCGUGGUGUGGCAUUCAGUCAGGAUGGAUACUUGGUUGUCACUGACUUUAAUAACCAUCGUCUGCUUAUAAUCAAGCCAGACUGCCAGUCAGCACAUUUCUUAGGCUCCGAGGGCACAGGCAAUGGGCAGUUCCUGCGGCCUCAGGGUGUUGCAGUAGAUCAGGAAGGACGCAUCAUUGUGGCAGAUUCUAGAAACCACAGGGUACAAAUUUUUGAGCCAAAUGGAAGCUUCUUAUGCAAGUUUGGCACUCAAGGAAGUGGCUUUGGCCAGAUGGACCGCCCAUCUGGUAUAGCUGUUACACCUGAUGGCACAAUUGUCGUGGUCGACUUUGGUAAUAAUCGGAUUCUUACCUUCUAAUCAGUUUUCAACACAAAACUAUCUCAGGGAAAAUCUUUCAAGAAGUAUAUAAUAUACAACAUUAUUGAGCACCUACCUCAUUAUUUUUUUCUUUUUUUUUUCUUUUUUUUUAUUACAAACAAACUAUAAUCUGCAAAAGUAGAGCCUGUGAAGAAUAAAAACAAAACUUGGGAAAGAAAAUCUACCUCAAAACCUCUUGGAAGGAGAGGUGUUGUUUCAUUUUUCUUAUCCUGCACAAAAUAUUGAUUUCGACUUACCUCAAAUAUGAACAACAAGCAAAAGACAGACAAGUCUAUACCUCCUAAGAGAAUGUCUCUUGUGAAUAAAGCCACAAAGGGCUAUAAACUUAAAGACAAAUACCAGGAAUAUUACUGAAAUUAACUUUUUUGAUUUUUUUUUUUCUUCUUCUUCUUGUGGAGAAAACACUUGUGUCCUCUAUAACCAAAUUUUUUAAUUCAUCCUUUACCUGUGCUGCUGCAACAGAGGACACUUUGUAUAUUACCUCAGUGCGUUUCAGAACAGAAGAUACCUCUGUAUGCAAAUUCAUCAGUGUUUAUUUUAUUCUGAUCAAAUUUCACAUACCUCAGCAACUGAGAAUCAUUUUCUAAAAUCUGCAAUGUCUAUGUCCUAUUUAAGUAAUGUGAUGCUUAGUGUAGUAGAUGCUGAAUGUCUGAAUCAUUGCUUCAAAAUUGUGUUAAUUUUCCAAAUUCCAUUUGGCACCCGACGCAUGAAUGUGUGAGUGUGUGUUACUAGGAUAACAUAUGUUCCUGUUGAUUAGCCUAUAGGGGUUGAAUAGUAUAAUGAAGCACAACUUGAAAAAGGUCAAAAUAUUUUCUUGUCUGUACAUAAGAUGUUUUAGGCAGACCUGACCGUUGUGGUGGUGUAUCUCUGUAGGGGUUACACUAGUGGUGGACAAAACUUAUACUCUACUGAGCCUAGAUGAGUCGGAAGGCUGGUUUGUAGUUCUGCUGUAAUCUAGAUAAACCUUAUACUGUAUUGUACAGUAUAGUUUUUUUUUUUUUUUAAACGGCAGCUACCUGCAGUCUGUGUUUUGACAUUACUAUAGAAGACACUGACACAUCGAUUGACAAGGCUCAAGUGGAUACAGAAUGUUUAUAGCAGAAACCAAUGUUAAUAGUUUUCACUAUUGGAGAGAAGACUAAAUAGAUGCUUAGGUUCAAAUUAGUUUGCUUUUUAAUUUUACUUUUUUAAGUAAAAACCAUGCUGAUUAAAAUAAAAAAUGACACUAAUAUUUGUUAGUCAAGUGAGCGCCUUUUUAAAAUGUUUUUAUUUCUUGGCAGUAUCCAAAGAACAUUAAAUAAAAAAAACGAAAAAACACAGGAUUAGAAUUCCUUUGUUCAAAAAAAGUACGUUAAUUUUGGCUUCACAGUUGCUUAAAACUGAUGUCAAGUUUUACUUUCACUCUAGUUUGGGCCAAGCUGGUCCAAAUGUACUAUUUUCUUCAUUAACGUGUGCCCACUGUAUGUAGCCUCAGCUACUUUCAGUAUACAGCACUAUGUUCCUAGUAUGAAAUGAGACCUUCCUGUCUCGCACCCUGAACAAGAUGCGUGUCUGUCUGAGCGGCACUAAGCCAUUCAUAGGCAACUUUGUAUUCAGUGAAUAAAAAGCUUCCUCUGAUUGGUGGAGUCAGAGAGGUGGACUGAUGUCACAAUGAUGCCAAUCGGACGAAUCCUUGUAUUCAUUGAUGGGAACACCCAUGACUGGCGCAAUUUUGUUUCAGGUGCGAGAGGAGAAGGUUGUGUGUCUCGCACCCGGAACACACUGAGGCUACAUACAGUUUUUACAGAGCGCUUGGCCGGUGCACGUGUUGUUGGUGCGCUUGGACCAAACAAACUAUUUAAAGUGAAAGUAAACCCGGACAUCAGUUUUAAGUCUAAGAUUUUGCAAAUUUUAGUCACAUGGCUGACAAUUUUUAGAUUAUCCUUGUGGAAAAACUUUGUGAAUUGGGCCUUUGUACUUUGAACACAGCUUGGUGGAUCAUUUAAAAUGACACUGCAAGCAGCAUGUUGGCACUCAUGCUAAUGGGAAAAGUGUUUUAUUUUUUUGCAAUUUUAAAGGCAAAUUUUCUAAUAAUCCAUUUUGAUAUGUCCAGAAGUGUGAGGAGUUUAUUUUAAACGGCAUGUGUAUUUUGCAAAUUUCAUUUUUGAAUUAAAAUCUUUAUAAAUUGAUGAGCCCCCCCAGCCAAAGAUUUCCUUUCCUAUCUUGGAAAAAAUUAGUUGCAUUUAUAUGAACUGAUCUGCAUGUUUUGCAGGCUGUGAACAUAUUUUCCCAAUUUUUUGCACUUUUUUUUUCAUUUUGUAUAUUUUUUAAUCCUAACUAACUCUGAUCUCCUUAAAGAAGGCUGAUGUAAGGGUUAUCUGUUUAACAGCAGUUCUAUUUUUGGAAUAUUAAAAUUUUAUAUCGCUCGCUCCAAUUUAUAUUCUGGCUGCACUUCAUGUUCUCGAGCCAGUAGAAACCUGACCCUUUAAAAUGUGUGUGUGGCUUUUUUAACUUGUGUUACCAAGAGAUGCAAUGACACCAUCUUUUUACUAAGAAACAUAAUAAGGUUUGUAGCUACACUAAGUCAGCUCAGCUAUAUUUGGGGUUGGUAUAUACUUUUUAUUUUAUUUUUGACCGCACAUACUUUGGAUUUUAGUUCUCAUCCCAUGGAACCAAAGUUGGCCUCCGUUAACCGUAAACUUUGUACACAUUGGCCUUCCUUAUGCUGAAUCGGAGGUGUUUGGCUUCUUUUUUGUUUUUUAUCCUUCAGUUCCCGAUAUAGAUUAUUAUGGCAUGUAUACACAAUAUGUUGUAUAUGCCAUAUAGUGUUGCUUCUCGUUUCUCGUAUGCUUCUCAUUUUUACCUCCAGUAAUUAUGUUUUUAUCAACCUAGGCCUCACACCUUGAUAUCACAGCCAUCAUCAUAUAUGCUGUGAUUUAUUAUUUUCAAGCUGAUAUUUUUAGCUGGCAUGAAAGCUCAAAUAUAUAUCUUUUGCUCAUCCAUUUAAUAGAGACUGAAAUGUAUUCCUGCCAAUCUUUUGGACAGGCAUCUGAAAUACCUAGAACUUAAAUGCUGACAACACACAAUUCAAUUUGGUUAGAUUAACAAAUUGUAGUGAGGAUUUAAGUCCUGUAAUAUUGGUAGCUUGUUUAGGUAGGCCUACAUAGUUUCUUGUGAAUCUGAGAAGUUAAAUUUAGACAAAAAUGGACUGAUUGGAUUUGUUUCCCAAUUCAAAAACUUUCAUGGGUCAUUUUUGCAGAUUACUCUAAUCUUGGCACAUUAACUAAAAAUUCUGGGGAAGACUAUAACCUUGACUAGAACAUUGGCCUAAUCCUAACCCUUUUUUAGGCAUAUUAUCAAGAACUGGAUCUGACAAUUCCCCAGACAUUCAAUACAUUUGAAUCUUCCAGGUACUUGUUUUGUUUUCUUUGUUUUUUUUUAAUGAAUGACAGUGAUUAACUCCCUAACAGUGAAUGUUUGGUGAAAGUCACAUUCAUGGCUUUAAACCCUUUGUGUAUAUUGGGAUAAAGCUGAGGGAAUAGCUUGUCAACAGGGAAAGUUGUGUAAAUGGCCAUUGAUUGGUAAGACACUGGUGGAAAAAUCCCAGAAUUUUGCAGAAUAUAUUUCAGGCAUUGGCUAUAGCCAAGAAAAUAAAUGAUUUCUGAUCUAUUUUCAGAAACUCUGAAUCAAGUUUUGUGCCAAAUGUUUUUUUCUUUAAAGUGAGAAAAUUUGUUUUUUUCCGAAUGUGCAAAUCUGGCUAAAAUAUUACUUAAAUCAACUGACGCAUUGGAAAACUUAAAUCUUAUGCAUUUAGUACACUCUAUUAAGAAAAUUUGAUGUGUUUGGUGCAGUGUAACAUAUGUCAAUAUUUUAACCUUUCCUAUUUUUAGAGAGUAGAUAGGGGGAUAUCCUAUUUGGCAUCUUAUGACUGGUUAAUUUUAAUUUGAUUGGAGAACGUGCCAGCGUUGCUACACUUACUUGUUACACUUUUAAUUGCCUAAACCGAUGAUGUACAUUUUUUUUUUUUUUUGCUUUGCUCCAAAAUAACCCAGCAAGUUGUUGUCGUUGUCGUAUUACGUUCGUCAUCUUUGCUGUAAAUAUAUAUGAAUGUAUUUUUGGGAGUGCACCUUUAUCAACAGUAGAAUGUUACAGCUAUGUUUUACAGCAUGGUUUAAUGACUGUAACUUCUAUUUGUAUAAGACAGUGAAUGUAUGUGUCUGUAUGCUUUCCUAUAUCUCCCCUUGGGAGUAUGCUUUCUACAAAGAAAUAUAAAAACCAAAGAUAAAACUGCCUUGACACCCAUUUAUGUAAGUGCUCUUCCCUUCCGGGUGAUAAGUGUAGAAUGAGAAAAGGACUGGGCCCAUUGGUAUCAAACCAUUAGAAAUAGGAUCUGUUCUUUGAAAUGAACCUUGAACAGUUAAAUGGGCUUUAAGUUCAAUUGACUUUUCUGACUUGUAGUGUUGCAGUGCCAGUUAAAGCCCUGCAACAAUAAACCUAAUAUUUCAAGGGGUGAUCUAGCGUGUAAUUAUGUAGGGGGGGUGGGGGGUUGGGGGUAGUUCAGAAAGUUUAUGAAUACUAUUUAAAAACUUUUUUUUUUUUUUCCUCUCUGUAGUAAAUGUUACACUAAAAAUAAGUGUGGUUGUUGGAGAAUGUUGCAUAAAAAAAACAUGCAAUAGUUAUUGCCUUUCACAGCUUCUGAGCAUUUUUAGAUGUUUUACCACUAUCCUCUUCUAAAGUUCUGACUUGAGGAUUUUUUAAUUCAUGUAUGUAAAGUGACCCACCACAUAUUUGGUCUUUGCUGGCUGGUACAAAUUGCAGUUUGUUGCAUGCUGCCUGAAUGCUUAUGUUAAAGUAUAUUGCCAGGUUCAGGCGGUGGUCAACAUAUGUCUGGGCAACUAGGAGUAGUAGUCAAUCUAUGGUAACUGAAGGAAAAAUGCACGGAUGGUAUUUGCAUUGCUCAGAUGCUUUAACAAACCGUCCAAGCGUGUCUCACUGCAACAACAUGGAAAGAUGGUGAUUUAUUGCAUCGUGUGACUGUUUUUAUGAAUAUGUACUGAGGCUUCUAAACCACAACCGUUUUUUGUCAAACCUGUCCUGUAAGCUAAUUUUUACACGUUCAAUCUGGUCUUACAAACUAUAGUUUUCUUAUAUUGAUUGUAAAAUAUGUUUAUUGCAUUGUUGCCACUCAAACUGUAAUAAUUCUCUAGGCGAUUGGCAAUUAGAAUCUGUGUAUGCCUGAUGGUCAUUUACAUUUUUUCCUAAGUGAACAAUAGUGGCUCCCAUGUAGAACAAUGUUUGAUUUGAUUGUCUUUAUACUACCCAAGUUGAAAUCUGCGUAGAUAUAAUCAGAAAUUUUUUAUCCUAUCACUAUUUUUGACACCCUUGUUUAAUAUUGGGAUCUAAUCUAAUCCUUUAUAGUCCAGCAUAUAUUAAGACCUUUGUACAAUUCAACCUAAAAAUAUAUUAUACAAUAUGGGGCCAGGUUUACAGAGAAAAGUAUAUAUUUUUUUUUUUUAAUAUCCAUGUCUGCGAGGAGAACGGUCAUUGUACAAACAUUUGGUUGCCUUCAGCAUGCAUCCAGGGUCGUACGUCGGUGGGAUCCCUUUCUGAUGGAAACGUUGCUAUCAUAGUUUUUAGUUUAAUUUCCCUGUCUGUGUUUUAGGCCGGAAUCACACUAGUGCGUUGCUUUUUUGAGCUGCGUU